GAGAGGGCGCAGUUCCGCGCCAUCCUCCGUAUCGUUGACACGUCCUACGAAAAGAGUGUAGAGAGUCAGUCGGUACGUUCGCUUCUCUCGUGACUCGUCUUGUGCAUUGAUCCUUGAUUUCUCGUGACACCGAGCGAUCUCGUCGUUCGGUUUCCACGAGCCUGUCGUUUCGUGGUCGACGGAGCACGUAAGCAUCUUCUUUAUUUCAAAUAACGCGCGUGCAUCGGACAGUGCGCGUGCCGUGCGACCGUUGGGUCGCUGACUUUCAAAACAGUCUCGAUCGCGCUCUCGACCUAUCGACGACGUUGUGCCGGAGGAGCGCGUAUAUCGACCCGUGAUCCUUUUCAAUCGUUCUUGCAUUCGUUUAUUCUCACUGUGUCGUCAGUACGAAAUUACCGUCUCGUAUAGUGGAUUGGUGAAUUUCGGGUGUGACAUUCUUUGUUCGGUUCAGUGAACAUUUCACGGGGAACUAUGUCGUCAACUGGCAACUAUCUGUUCACCGCGGUGAUUAUCCUGAUCGUCUCUGCGACCGGAAUCAUCGCCACUGUAACCAUGGAUGCCAAGAUUCGCGACGACUCUGACUUAUCCCAGUUUUAUCAGUUAUUGGAAGCAAGUCAGGUAGCUAACACCACGCUCACGUAUCGUCACGUGACGGUUUUCGCGCCAACAAAUCGAGCUUUCCAAAAGUACAGCGGAACUACGAAAAACUUGGUUCUCUACCAUAUGUCGAACUCUCCAAAAACGAUUGAGAACCUAGGGGAUUCUAUCUCGUCAGAGUUGGAAGGUAAUCCACCCUUGUGGGUCACCAAGAAACCUGGCACGCAUGGUCAGGAAGUCUACAUAAAUAAUGCGAAGAUCCUUAUGGAACGUAGCAAUUUCCAAUCGAAGGUUACCGUUGCUGGCGACGUAAUGACCCAGGUUUUACACAUAAUAAACGAAGUAUUGGAGCCAGUACGCUCGAAUUCCGCGGAAAUGCCAAUCUAUAGCCCGAACGCCUUCGAAUUUCUAAAUCAAAGUGAAAAUCUCGACUUGGGUGUUCAUCGUGUUCGCAUCUUCCGAAAGCGGAUCUUGACGGAGAAGAAGGAGGAAGUCUUCAAGGCGGACGGACGUUACACCUUUCUUAUCCCCGUUGAGGAGGGUUUCCGGCCGACGCCCAGGCCGGAGAAGGUUGACCGCGUGGUAAUUGAUGGUCACGUGAUACCCAACAACGUCCUCUUCACAACACCGACACCUCAUAAUGUACCUUAUGAAACCCUUGCGUUCACUGACAACGUCAAGGUCACCGUUAGCUUCCUCAAGGAACACGAUAAAGUUUACGUGCAAUCGAAUACCAUAGUUGGCGACGUGAGACAUCCAACAGGAGUCGUGUUAGCAGAAAUAAUUAAACCGAACAUUCCAGUACGCAACGGUGUAGUCCACUUGAUUCAACGACCUCUUAUGGUCGUCGAUACCACGGUGAAGGACUUCCUCGAGUCCUUCAAGGGCAUCGAAAAGAAGGAUGGGCCAGUGUAUAAGUUUUACGAGACCAUUCGAGAUUUCGGCGGGGAGAUCAUGAGCACCAUCAGUCAUCUUCGUGAUGUCACCCUGUUCGCGCCCAGCAACGCUGCUCUUGAGGAACCUGGUGUACAGAAGAUUCUGCAGAACAAGGAACGUGUGAAAGAGAUCCUGAAUCUUCACUAUGUGAAGGAACGGUUGCCACUCGAUAAAAUCAAGAACAAGAGCGUCAGCCAGAAAUCCUCGAUCGGGAAGCCACACUUUGCGGUUGCCACAGCAGCAGACAGGAAGAAGCUGUACUUUAAUGUGGUCCAGGAACCAAGCGGAAACCAGAUAGUGACCGUCGAAGGUGGUGGCGUGAACGCAACAGUGGUCACUGCAAAUAUCGCUGCUACCAAUGGACUGAUUCACAUCAUCGACAGAGUUCUUGGUGUGCCCUAUACCAAUGUGCUGGAAAAGCUUAGAACCGACCCUAUGCUCAAUUCCACCUACUUCCUUGGACAACGCAUCGGAUUCAACAGUCAGCUGAACGAAACGAGGACGCGUUUUACAUACUUUGUCCCACGCGAUUAUGCCUGGAGUGUGUCUGCUAUCAGUUACCCAUCUACUACGAAAAAGAUCUUCAUGGCUGAAUACAGCUAUCACGCGAGACAAAUCUUAGAACGACACCUCGUGAUAGCAGAUGAGGCGUACACGAUGGCGAAGCUAAGAGAGAUGAAACACAACGAGACCUUCGUUCUUCCUGCAGCCAGAGACAGUCUGAAGCUUCGUGUCCGUGAAGCUGGCGAAAAUGACACGUACGAUGAAAACAUGAUCCGACCAAAAACUUUCGGUUACCAGAUCGAGUGGGAGGGUACAUGGAUUCGAGUGUUUCGUCCGGACGUCGAGUGCACCAACGGUAUCAUCCACGUAAUCGAUGCAGUCUUACUGAAGGACAGCGACAUCAGGGUAACCGGAACCGCGUCAAUCACUAGCCUCGCAUCAAACUUGAUCAUGAUCCUGGUGGCCAAGUGGCUGCUUUAAGGCCGAAUCUCUUCUAAGUCUGUCAUAGGUGCACCUAGGAAUUUAUUUCGGGACCGUCUCCGAUCGUCCUCGUCCAAGAAAACGCAGUGCACGAGAUCCGGAUUCGAACUUCGAACUUGAACUCUGAACUUUGAAGGAAGUUGUUUUGAACGCGUGUUCGUCAGAGUCGAUGAUAUCGGUCCUCGAACGACUCUAUUCUCGAAUAUUCGUAGAGAUCAGAGUGGUCCGCGAUCUCUCAAGUGUCGCUGCGUAAACUGUGUUCGAGGGGUUUUGGCUUUCGCCUCGCUUUUAAUGGAAAAAGAAUAAAGGCCCCCUUAUAUGUGUUCCCCAUGAAAAAAGGCACGAUCGAUGGAUCGGGGACGAUCCUGAAUGCGAAGCGACUCCAGGUCGAGAUUCUUGACCUGAUCUACAAGAGAAGAUGUCGUGGUUUCUGUCUCGAUCAGACAAGAGCCUAACCGAUCGAUAAGCAACGUGAGCGAAGCUUAAACAGGAACCAUACUAUUUAGCAGUUUCAAAGUUGAAUUAUCGUCGUCAGUAAUGGUUCGCUACGAACGUGCAGGUGUUAUUACGUAACUAUAGAGAUUCUUUUGAUUUGAAGUUUUAUCGUAUCGAUAGGAACCGUCAGGUGUCUCGUGCGCGCGCUCGUAUGCCCCAGGAAGUCUAACACGAGAGUCUUCGAGGACCUCGCACGAAUAAAAUACAGAAGAGAAAAGAUUUCAACGGCGACGAUUGCGCGGCGAAGCAAUUUCGCGAGUUAGAGGCGCCAUUGAUCGUACCAAAUGAUAAAUUAACCGUACCAACCAAGUAAGUAAUUUAGAGAAAACUUUACGAACGAGAAAGAACGAACGUGAAGAUAGAGCAGACAUUUCGGGGAACUUUCUUCGAGUACAAGGGCAACGAGGGUUGGCCUUUUCUAAAGCAAUUCUAUUCAAUUUCUCGUUAGGCUGGCAGAGAAGAGCAUGUUUCUUCUUAUUUUAUUUUACUCGAUUCAAGUUACCAUGCUGGCGUUCCUCUUUUCUGAACGACCUAGGAUUAUGACCAUACGAAAGUUCAACCAAGCUGUGGAGGAUCCAAUUGUUCUUUCUAUACCGAUAUUUUAGAAGAAACGCAGGUAUAAGGAUAAUAUAUUCCUAACGCGUCACGCGUCUAACGUCGGUUUAGAUCGAACGCCAUUGAUCAUUCAGGCCAUAAAGCUUUUUCGUACAACAUACGACUCGCCUAAUUAUGGUACUUCGAUUUCAUUAACGAUGAUAUGCUAUAUUUCUGUGUGUAUGUAUGUAUGAACGUCAUUUCUCAUGGCGCAUGAAUCACGCGGCGAGGUACACGAGUCGCCACCUUAUCGGCAUCGCCGAAGAAUCAAAUGAAAAUUGGUUCUAUGAGAACUCUGUCGAUGUACAUAACAUAGGUAAAGCUAAACCUUCCCAAAACUCUGCAAUACUAUCUAUACGCAGAUCUUAAUUAAUCAAUACUACAUUGAGAAAUUGUCUGCUCCAACCAUUAACAGAAGAAAAUCAAAAACAGAAGAAAGUGUAGUAGGAUUUCAUUUUUCUCAAUUCGUUUGAUUCAAACAGUUCAUAUAAUGAUUCUUUUUAAUAAUUAUGGCUUUUCAUUCACGUGAAAGAAUUUUACACCCUCAGAUAAAUUGAUUCAAACGGCAGUUAAUUUAGUUCAGGUAUAUCGAUCAAAAAAGAGUGAUUGAACGAUUGAUAUUAUAUUUUACUUUGAAAUGAGUGGCCAUUUUUUUGGAAAGUAGAUAACAACAAGUACAAAAAUUUAAUCCGCGUAUUUAAUUUACACCUCGAGUUCGAAAAAUUAUAUUAUAUAUCGAUACUACAUAUUGAUAUUAUUAAUUGUGUAUUAAUUAAAAUUUUUUCUAAUAAAUUUAACAACAAUUUUAUUAUAGAUACAAAUGUAAUAAUAAAAUAAUUUUCGUCUCUCCAAAUCAAAAAAUUAUUCGAAAACAUGGAUAAUAAAGUUAUCGAGUCAUAAAAAUAGUUAAAAAAAAGAAAAAAAACUGAGCGAAGAAUGCAGUAUCCCAUCAUAGUACUCCAGAGUUAGAAACCCUCUUGACCCAAAAAACGAAACUUUGAAACGAUAAUUGGGCAUCGUUAACUUUCGACGCGUGGUUUUGCGCCUUAGUUAUGAUUUCCAAUUACACUUGCUCUCUGUAUCAUAUCGUAUUACACUGUUUACUUACUAAUAAUACUGCCACGUCUUAUUGCAAGCUGAAUUAUACUUGCAAACGAGUUUUUGUACAAUUAUCCUUAAAAGAGACGGGAGCUUUGCCCAUUAGAAGUGACUCGAUCACAUUCCGACAUUCUGCAGGUUAUUUGAACGAAUCUUUGCAUUUAAAGAGAAAUUUUCAAGGCGAAUUUGUUUCUUGCUUAACGCAUUCGCUGCUACCGACGCAUAUUUAUAUUGCGCCACGUAUUGAAAUAGAUUUUAAUUGUAAAUAAUUUUGCUGACAAAGCUAUUGUGUUUUUAAAUUUGUGCCUUUUCAUAGAUGAACAGACUGUAAGAGACAAUGAAUUAAACAAAAUGUCACUAUUUGAAAUAAUUAUAGUAGCAGUGAAUGUAUUAAUAUGUUACUUGUGCUUGGACUAGGUAAUUAAUCAUUACCAUGUGAGUUCAAGUGGAACCAAAGUUCUUUUUCUUACCAUACUCAAUGCUUGGUAUCAAUCAAGAGUUAAACGUGCAAUUUUAUUCGAAAUAUUAUUCGAGAAAUAUUAAAAAUAUUAUUCAAAACAUUAAUUGUAUGAAAACAAAUGCAGUGAUCGUACAAGUAUAGGAAUGAUGUGGCAGACGAAGUCUUUGUCUUGUUACUUUUCUGAUUUAUGCGAGAAUUCGUUUAAGCAGACUGCAUAACACGUAAAAUACUCAUCCAGAAACUUUUUUUUUUUAUCGACUGUACAGUGCUAUAUAUAAUAUAUCUAUACAUAUAUAUUAUAUAGAAUCAUCUGUGUCAAUGCACCGUGUCACAAUAAUGUCGUAACCGAGAUUAUUCCCGGAUUUGUAUUUUCUUUCGACUAACGUAUCUCAGUUUAAUCUUCUGCUAUUUUAUACCUUUCUUUUUACUUUAUAUUAAUAUUAUAUAAAAUAACAAUUCCUACUAUACGUAACUAUAUAAUAAUUAUACGUAAUUAAUUAAUUUGAAUCUAGUGAGUAGUUUAAUUUUUAAACUCCAUAAUCUCACUUGAACUGAUAUAGACAUAUGAGAUAGCGAAAGGUUAAACUGUAGACUCGUAAUCCAAAAUCAAGAAACAAAGCCGAAAGAUUAUAAGCAAAUGACACAUCACAGUUUCAUUCCACGAUUAGUAAGAGCUUAGCUAUGUGUGUACAAGUAAUUACAAAGAUCGCGCGUGUCUGUUAAAAAACAGAGAAUAGAUACAAUCUAUGGGAAUCAUUAGAGGUCAGUCAGAUAGAAGACGAGAGAACCCGAGUAUUCAAAGGUGAAGAAAGAAACGCCUUUCGGAAACGGAAUUUCGUUUCCUCAUAGAGCAUAACAUAUUGCGACGAAAAUAGGGCAGGGGGGGAUAAACAAAUAAAAUAGCGAAAAGUGUCGUUCAGUAAUCGAAACGCCGAAACUAAAAAUGGAUGAAAAACAAUGAACGAUCGGAUCGGACUCUGUCGGGUUUCCGGUCGUUUCACGCGCGUUAGUUAGAAAGGAGGAAAAAGAACACAACAGAAAAAGAAAUAAGAGAAGACGGAAGACUUGUAAUUAAGAAAUCAUUCAGCUACUGCAAUUCUCUUCGCGAAAAUGAAAUAAAGAAAAAAAAAAAAAAAAA